ACAUUAGGAAAGACCUUCAUUUGUCGUCUGUGGGGAAGACCGUGACCGUUGGAAUUUAAAUUUUCAAUUUUAGACAAAAUAUUGUACAAGAAAUUUAAAAGUAAAAGAGUGAAAGCUUUACAUUUUAGGUGAAGCUCUCGUCCAAGGCGAUUAAGUUAAAUCUUCAUUCAAAGUACAAUACCGAUAUGAGUGGGUUCAAUUCAAAAAAUAAUAUUAACAUCAACUUGAACAUAGGUGAUCAAUUAACUUCUAUCUCUUGUGGGCAUAUUGUUGUAGAAUUAAUUAAAUUUAUCGCCUACCAAAGGCUCCAGAUACCGUAUACUUAUCAGUGGCUAAAAGAAGUUGUUAACAAGAGAAAAUCGUGCGAAGAUGUAAGAGAAGGACACCUGUCUGAGAGACAUUUUUUUGUAGCAUCCACAGCUUUAAAUAACCUGGACUUUAUCAUAAAGAGCUUGUUGAAGGAAAUUGAAACUUCAAUACCUGAAGAGAUUUGCAUUGUCCUGGGUGGAACACCCAUUACAUGUAAAGAAGUGUACCGGCUGAUAUUGCCAAGAGCGUGCCACAAGCAACAAUGCCAUUCUACUCAUAUUGCAUCAGACCAGAAAAUACAAAGAAAUGUGUUUAAAACAUUAGUGACAUCUGACAAACUAAGUCAGAUUUUCUUCAAUACUUUGUCACCAACAAACAUGUACAUUUUUAUUAAAAAGAACAUUUCCAACAAUCAGGAUGUGGUCUGUGCUGACACCUUUUUAUCGGUGGAUGGAUACAGACUGCCUAGAAGUUGUAAGAUUGUUUGUCUAGACUUUAGGACUCAAAAUCAUCAAAAUGUUUCAUGCUGUCACAAGUUCCAGAUCUUUGGCGAUGCAAUCAAUGUCAAUAUUGACCAACUAAAUACUGAUGAAGAAGUAGAGUUUAAUGAAAUAGAGUCAACAGAUGACAAGAGAUGGUUUCAAUCAAGUUACAUUAUGAAAGGGUUUAAAGAUUGUACUGUAAAUGGUAGCUCAGUAACCAAUGCUUGGCUACAAUAUUGA